AUGAUCGAAACAGAUACCAAUGAUGGUCGAAGUGAAUAUCAUGCAUGCGGUGUAUCAACUAGGACGCGUUCAAAAACUGUAAAGGCUGUUUCCCGCGUUGCACCAGCAACAACAAACAUUGCACUUUCGUUGAUAACCCAAGAGAAAGCUACUGUUACAGCGAAGGUGGUCAACUUCGAAAAAUUUUAUCGUCUCCGAUUGAUUCCGCGACGAGAAGAUGCUCUUCCAGACAAAAUCGCUAUUACGGGGCCUGAUGAUGAAACGAUUUAUCGAGACUUGGUGCUACCACAACCCUCAAAGGAGCAUCCAAUCAUAAUCAAGGAUCAAGAUCCGGAUGCUUUCACUCCAAAAGAGCGACAAAUUCAAGGACCAUUUUUGCUGGAAUACACGGCGCUACUAAAGGCAACGCCGCAAGAAAAGAUUGGUAAAAGAAGAAAGUCGGGCAUACCGAAACGAAAUGUGAAAGAUUUUACUCCAAGUCCAGUUGUGGAUAAUGUAGGAACAACUUCAACAAAGAACAGUCCUGCGGAGAACAAUCUUUCUAAUAUUGGCACAUCAUUAGCAUCUACACUCAUUCCUGAAUCCACUGUUGUUCAACUUAAAUCAAAUAAUCGAAGACGUCGAUCAUCAGUUUUUCUUCGAGUUGCCCAAGAAACAGAUCCUUUUGAUGAAAAAAUGGUUACUGCACAGCCAGCAGAAGUAAGGCAAGAUGCACCGAUUCCAUCGAUCGAUGAUAAGCAAAUGGAGAAGAAAAUGGAUGUAGUGAUUCGUCGGCAGUCAUCUCUGGACGCCCCAAAGAUGCGCAAAACUCAACGUCGAUUUUCGAUGAAAGCAACUAUUCCUCUACUUUCGCCAACUCGCACUAGUGAAUCUGAGCCCGAGGAGAAUUCGUCAAUGAAGCCACCCAUGUUUGGUCAUCAUUUGAUGCUUGAAGAACCCGUUCCUCCAACUCCUCCUCGCGUUGCAGACCUCGAGUUCGAGUUUUGCGCAAUGACCAAACCGUCCGAUGAGGAGUUAGUGGUUUCACAGGAUGCAGAGAAAGAAAAUGGCAAUCAGAUUGACAAACCGUUUGCAAAGCCUCGUGGUAGGCGUUCGCAGCUCUACAAACUUGUGCCGCUAGAUGAUGCGAAGAAACGAGACAGCGAUCAGCCACGGCAGUCAGAUAUGACAGAAGAAGCUCCCACUAACAUUAAGAAGGCUCGUCGGCGAUCGAGUUACUUCAAAGCUUAUGCCUACAUUGAUGAGGCAUCUUGUGGGGCGGUGAAAGUCUACGCGACCAAAAAGGGUGGUCAUCGCUUCGCUUGCAAAAUGUGGCAGCUGGAGAAACUCGCCGAUCGUUGCGGCUUUCAACAUGCCAUUGAAGAAGUGCAAUGGUUGAAGUUGCUUCGACACACCAACAUCGUUCCAUUCUACGCUGCCAUCGUUUGCGAUCGACACAUUCUCAUCGCCACUCACUUAUCCGAUAUGGGAUCGGCUCUAAAUGUCAUCGAAAAGGAUUAUAAAGUGGGAUUUCCUGAGUCAGCCCUUGUGUCAAUCACGAAGCAACUCUCACAAGCUCUCAACUAUUUGCAUUCACAAUACAUCUUGCACAGAUCGAUUCGAGCAAGUCAUGUGCUAUUGGAUUCUCAGGGCGGAGUGCGAUUGACGGGAUUCAAGCAUUGCAUACGAUUGAAUGAGCAUGGGUUGGGGAAAAUUCAUCCAAUCAACGAGUUCAGCGAACACCUCUCCGAUUCGUUGCUCUGGCUGGCUCCGGAAGUGCUUUCGCAAAACGUGAGUGGCUACGGAUUGCCUUCGGACAUCUAUUCGCUUGGAAUCACGAUUUGUGAAAUGGCGAACGGUUUCCCACCGUUCACCGACAUGUCUCCGCUGCAGAUGUUGUACGAGAAGACACGUGGAACGACGCCACGAUUGCUGGAUUCGACCACCAUUGGCCCAGAAGGCUCCGCUGAUCACCAUCAACACCAUUUCUCUGCCGGGCUCCACAAGCUGGUCGCCGCUUGUUUGUCGAUUCGCCCUGAAGAUCGACCGAAUGCUUCACAGUUGACGACCACAAACUCUUUUUUCAAGGAAACGAAACGGCCUCAAACGCUGCGCUCAUUGCUGCCAGUACAUCUUGAUACAGUAAUCGAGAAGUCGACGAAACAGGAAAAAUACAUUGUUCGUGGUUACAAGAGAUGCCCAUAUCAUGCCGAUAUUUUUGACCAAACCCGCGCUAAAACUAGUCAGGAUUUCAAACUGGAAUGUCCGGGUGGUGGCAGGAUAAAACAUGAUCCGAAAGCGAAGACGUUAUUCGUCUACGGUUAUUCACAAGGAUUUGGACGCGGAGAUCACCAAUUAGCGGUCGACAUUCUCAAGUCACAAUUUUCCGACUACGAGAUCACCUGGUCGAAUGAUGGAUAU